AUGGGGCUCAUGGCAUAUUAUCUCGGCAUCGAAGUAAAGCAAGAAGACAAAGGAAUUUUUAUCACCCAAGAAGGUUAUGCCAAAGAAGUCCUUAAGAAGUUCAAGAUGGAUGAUGCCAAUCCAGUUGGUACCCCGAUGGAAUGUGGAAACAAGUUGAGUAAGCAUGAAAAUGGAGAGUUUGUUGAUCCAACUCUUUACAAAAGUUUGGUUGGAAGUCUGCGUUACUUGACAAGUACAAGGCCGGAUAUUCUCUAUGUUGUAGGAGUCAUUAUUGGCUAUAGGGAUAGUGAUUGGAGUGGAGACUUGGAUGAUAGAAAAAGCACUACUGGUUUUGUGUUCUUCAUGGGAGAUACUGCUUUCACUUGGAUGUCAAAGAAGCAACCUAUCGUCACACUAUCAACUUGUGAAGCUGAGUAUGUUGCUGCCACAUCAUGUGUUUGUCAUGCAGUUUGA